UACGGAGAUUGGGUUAGCGCCAGAAUGUCAGACACGCUUGCUCACCUCAACGAUUAGAUGCGUCGCAAUAGGCCAGGAUUAGAGGACGGGACUAGAGGCCAGGACUAGUAGAUUCAUAAACUAGAUAGGCAUUCUCUUGAACCUGGCUAAACGAGCAUUCACCCAAACUAAUCUCUCAUGCGAGAUUCAGGCGUAGUCUGAUUAUGACCAGGCGGCCAGACAGGAGAUUAGAGAUGGCCAGUGGGACCUUUCCGUGUGAAGGAGCACUGGACGGGGGCAGUGUAGUCAUGACUUCGAAGAUUGAAUCUAGUAGCUUGUUAGGGGUUCAGAUUUAGUUGCUUGUUACGGUGGCCAUGUAGGAUUCCUCAUCGUGGAUGAGUCGAGCCACCUUAGGCGGCGCGUCACCACACAGUAGGGCCGAUCGAAUCUUUGCAAUCACCUCACUACAACGCGAAUCCUCUACGUAGCCACGAGACGUUUAGACGCCGCAUCUACCGAUUUGCUUUCUAUUAGCAGCCCAGUUUACAGUGCAGGCUUACAGCUGUCAGCGGAUAUAUUUGCGUACUCCUAUCCGCGGCAGCGUGAAGCUCGCUGACUCUGCGAAAGUGUAGGCCGUGCCGCCAUGGCCCCCUCGCGAUCCACGUCUCCCGGAAAUUCCCGCGUCUCCCUCACCUCCUCCUCUCGCCGUGCUCCCUCCCCUAGUCGCUCCUAUGCUGCACCCGUGCACUCCGCGGGGUAUUCCGCCGGACCUUCCGCCUACACUGCGCCAUCACAUCAAAUAGUUCCGCCGCCGCUCUUCGGAACCUCCUCGUCCAAUCAGCGACCCUCCUCGCCUUCCCUCUCCGCCGCCACUCCCUCACGAUCCAUCUCCGCAACUGCCGCGAACAAGCUUUCGCAGCGUUACACCGUCCCUUCGCCAAUCUCCAUUCCCUCGCUCAACCUGACCAGUCCCAGGCCAAGCUCUCCGCGCGUCACGCCCCGAACCUCCAUCGCGAACCUGCUGCCUAGCUUCGGCAGAUCCGGGGGAUACAGCGGAGGAAGCGGCGUAGGGAGCGGACCGGGAGAGGUGAGAUUCGGCGAUCAUAGCCUGGAGGUUGGGCCAACGUCGGUGCCAACACCACCAGGACCUAUUACGUCCAUAUCCGCAACAGUCGCUUCGUCGUCCUCCGCGCUAGUAGCGGCAGCGACGGCGGCGAUAGCAGCCGCAGCAGCUGAAGAGAGCGCCGCCGCGCCGGUGACCGCGCGGGGGAGCAGAAGCGGAACUCCGAAUUCGCGCCGGUCGCUGUUCCCAGGCUCGGAAGCUCGCGGAAUAUCCGUAUCUUCCCCGCCCUUGAACCCCGCGCUUGCGCCCGCAACGCCGCUCCAUCACGUUGCGCUUGCGCUUAUCCACACUCCCCGCCCCGCCAGCCCCGUGCCUCCCGGGGAUCGCGCGGAACGGUCGGCGGAAGGGGAAUGGUCUGGGGGCAUUGGUGGAAGGGUUCUCUGCGGCUUGAGCGGAGGCGCGGGGGAAGCAGGCAGCGGACUGGGAGAUGGCGGGGGGAUCGGCGCAAUGAGGGCAGUGCCAGCGGCGCUGGGCGGAAUCGGCGGAGUGGGGAGGGGAAAGGGGAGCUUUUCCAGCGCGCAGCAGCAGCACACCCGGCGGUGGAUGAAUGACGGGUCCGCGGGAGGCGGAGCGGUUUGCGCGUCUCCCGCUUCCGCCGCAGCCACGGGGAGGCCGGAUGCGGACAUGGCGGACUUGCGCUCGUGUGGGGGGGAUGAGUUUGCGUGCAGCAGCGCGGGGAGUCCGCGGAAGGUGGAACGGAAGGAAAGGGGCAUUGGCGGAAACGGAACACCAGCGUGCGCGGAGGUGGCAGCUGGUGCGGGGACCAGAACCGCGCACGAGGGCGGAGAUGGAGGGGGAACAGACCGCGCCGGCGCGCUUGGGGGGAAUGCGGUGGCGGGGAUAGGAAGACCCAACUUCGGCGCAGGCGCAGCAGGGGGGAUCUCCGGAAUCGGCAGAGGAACCGCGGGGGAGGCAGGCCUACGAUCUAGCACGGAAGGGAAGGUCGGAGGAGUCGCGGCGGGAAUCGCGGCAGGCAUGUCGGCGCAACCGGGUUUUGGGGGUGUACCUUCCGCUUCCGCGGCCGCGCAAGCAGCUGCAGCAACGGCGGCGGCGGCGGCAACGCCAGCACGCGCGGCUGGGGCGGUUGGGGCGGCUGCGGAAGUGAUGGCGGGGCCAGCGGGGGCGGCGGUGGCAGGGUGGGCGGAUUCCGACAGCAGAGGCAGCAAUUCUGCCGGCUUCUACCGCAUGGCGAAGACGCGUCUAUGGCGGACGCGGGAGCCCGGCAGCGCGGUGCUGCGCCACGGGUCCAUCGUGGCGCUCGCCCUGGGCAGCAAGCUGCUGGCCGCCGUCGAAUCCAACGGCCGCUGGGAGCUCGGAACCGUCGACCACCGCUGCACAGAUCCGGCAGGAGCAGCAGCGGCAGUGGGUGCAGCAGACGCGGCGGGCGCAGCGGGUGCACCCGGCGCAGCAGGCGCCGUGAGCGACGGCGCGGGGCCUUGCAACGGCGACGCAAAGGCCGUAGUCGCCGCAGCGGCAGGGACAGCAGGGACAGCAGGGACAGCAGGGACAGCAGGGACAGCAGGGACAGCUGGUAGUGGAGGCGCUGACGGUCUCCUGGAGGGUACCAGCAGCGGAGGCGGCGGGUUUAAUGGCGGCGCGGGCGCAACAUAUGGCGGCGGGGUUGGCGGCGGGGUCGGCGGGGCGUGGCCCGUGGAGAGCCUGUUUGUGCUGGUGUGCUUCGGAGGCGGGCGAGUGGGGCUGCGGUCGCUGGCUGCUGAUGGGCGGUGCCUGUCUGCUGCUGGGAGCGCGGACGAAUGCCACUACUUCGCUGGAUGGCACUUCCAGGAGCCCGAGGUGUGGUGCAUGCCGCCCGACCUCUCCUCGCUGCCGCCCGCGCCCGCUCCUCCCUCGGGGAGUGCUGCUGAGUCAGUGCUGCCUGUGAGGCUGGUGGGCAUGGUGGGCGGGGGCCACAGGGAGUGGAAGCACCUGCAGCAGGAAGCAGCCAGUGCGGCAGUGCUGAGGGGCCAGGUGCACCGGUUACGGGAGCGCGUGCGACUGCUGGAAGCUACCCAAGCACCCCACCGGCUCACCGCCUCCCUCGCUGCUGCUGCUGCUGGAGGCAACUCGGAAGGGAGGCGAGGGGGAGGGGGAGGAGCGAGUGGCAGUACGAUUCGUAGCAGUGCAGAUGGGAUGGGUGCGGCUGCGAUGCCUAUGUGCAUGUGUGGAGUUGGGCUUGGGCUUGGGGAGGCACUAGAUGAGGGAGGCGACCUGCUAGGCAGCAGCAGCAGCAGCAGUGGCGGGGGGAGCAGGAGCAGCAGCGGUGGCGGCAGCAACAGCAGCAGCCACGGGGGUCUCGUCAUUGGCGGCGUCCAAGGGAAGGACGGCAGGUGCAUGAACUGCGGCUUGUUCACAACGCCAGCUGUUGCCGCUGCUGCGGCUGUUGGGGCAGCGUUGGUGCCCACAGACAAGGCGGCAGCAGCAGCAGCAGAGGGAGGAGUUGGAGCUGCUGUGCCUGGUGCUCGUUUGACUUCCUCGUCCGUUCUUGCUGCCCUCGCUGCUCGUAUCGCUCAGCUGGAGGAGGAGAUCAGGGCCAAGGCACAAGGCGCCUCCUCCCACUCCUCGCCCUCCCCAUCCCGCUCCCUCGCCUCAUUCCCCUCCUUCUCCUCCUCCUCGUCCGCUGCCUCUGAAAGCGACCAAACUAAGGCAGGGAGGGCUGCUGCCCCCCCUGCUGCUCCAUCGGCUAGCGUGGCUGCUGCUGCUGCUGCUGCUGCUGCAACUGCUGGUACAACGGCAAUGGCAGCGGGAACAGGAGCGGGAGCAAAUGUAUCAGUUGCCACUGUUGACGCUGCUGGUGCUGCUGCUGCCACGGGGAAAGCAGAGAGGCGGGUGGCGGCAGUGGACGGGGAGAGGGAGCGGCGGCUGCAGGCACGGGUGCAGGAGCAGGAGGAGCAGCUGGAGGGAGCGAGGUGCGAGGCGCAAGGGAUGCGAGAAAGGAUGCGGCAGCUGGAGCUGAGGUCGCUGGAAAUGGAAGGGCUGUUGUCCAUGCUCAGGCAGCAGAUGCCCAUGCUCGACCUCCCGCUGCCGCUGCCCCUCCCGCUGCCGCUGCCGCAGCCUCAGCCGCUGCCCCCGCCUCGCCCUGCGUGCCUUGAGGCGCCGCCAAAGCUUCCUGCGCCUGGAUCUGCCCAUUCUGCGGCUGCCGCCUACCUUGCUCAUGCUCAUACCCAUGCUGAUGCUGAUGCUGAUGCUGGUGCUGGUGCUGGUGCUGGUGCUGGUGCUGGUGCUGGUGCUGGUGCUGGUGCUGGUGCUGGUGCUGGUGCUGGUGCUGAUGCUGAUGCUGAUGCUCCUCCUGCUCCCUGCCUUCCUGCUGCUGGUUGUGCUGGGAAUGCUGCUGCCGCUGCUUCAGCUGCCACUGAUGGCGCUGGGACCACUGCUGCUGCUGCAACUGCUGCUGCUACUACUGUAGCUGCAGCCCUGGCAGGGAGUGGAGGGGCGCGUAUGGGCGCAGAGGGGAGAGCAGCAGCAGCAUCAGGGGAAUCCGGGAGAAUCUACACGGCAGCCUCCACCCCUCCCCUCUCCCCCUCUCCUGCCCACUCCUUUCCCCACGCCACGCCCCUGUUUGGAUCGCCGAUUCUCGCACCUGGAUCCCCCUUGCUGCCCCAGCCAAACACAGCCUCCCCUCUCCCAUCGCCCAGCGUAAGUCUGGAGUCUAUGGAGUCUAUGGGGGCACUCCUGUACCCGCAGAGUGGUGUGGAGGAGAGUGUGGGGGUUGGGGGAGAGGGUGGGAGUAAGGGGGGCUCCUGGCGGGUGCGGGGGCAGAAGGUCGGAGGAGUGGUGGUGGUAGGUGCGUGUGCAGGGGGGGGUGGAGAGGAGGGAGCAGGUGCCGGUGUUGGUACGGGUGGUGAGAGGGGCGGGGUGGGAGGAGUGGCAGGGGUGGGAGGAAUGGGUGGAGGGGGAGGGGAAGUGGGUGGUAUGGAGAGGCGUUGGCAGGCGCAGCAGCAGCAGAGGAAGCAGGAGGGUGCUGGAGUGAAUGCAUCGGAAGGCCUGCUUUAUCGUCCUGCUUUUGGCUCUGAUGCUGCUGCAGCUGCUCCUGAUGGUACUGCUGGUGCUGCUGGUACUGCUCCUGCUUCUGCUUCUGCUGGUGCUGCUGGUGCUGCCGCUGGUGACGUGGAGAGAAAAGAGAGCAAUGAGGGUAAGCAUGCUGGGUUCUCCAUUGAGCAGAGAGGAGGGAGGGAGGGGAGGGCGGAGAAGGAAGGGAAAGAGGGAAGGGACGGGAGGGGAGGGAAGGAGGGGAGUGUGAGCGGCAGCGGGAGGAGCGGAGGGACCAAGGGCUUGGCACGCGCUCUGUCUGGUAUUCUUGGCAGCCCUCGACGCAGAGAUGCUGGAUCCGGAGCAGCAGCAGCAGCAGCAGGAGGAGGAGGAGGGGGGGGAGGCGGAGGAGGGGGUGGAGGGGCAGGCGGAGGAGGAGGUGGAGGAAGAGGAGGUACGGGGGAGCCAUUGCUGCGCAGGAGCUUCUCCCCAAUGCGGUCCACUCGAGGCUGGCUGGGAGUAAGUGGGGGAGGAGGAGGAGGCGGAGGGCUGGCGUCUGGUAAUGCCGCAGUUGCUGCAGCUGCUGCUGCCACAGUUGCAAACAAUGCAGCAACAACAGCGGCGGACAAGGCUGCAGCAGCAGCUUCAGCGGGUGCAGGUGCGGGAAACACCAGCAGCAGUGCAGUGCUUUGGGCGUGCCACACCAGCAAUACCACCAGCAGCAGCUCCAAUACUAAUCAUGUACCUACAGGCAGUUUGGGGAUGACUGGCGCCGGCCGAAACAGUAACGGUAACGCCCUCAUGCACAACACGAGUUACACACAAGCGAGCCAAUCAGGGGUCACUGCUUCAGUCACCUCUCUGCAUGCCGCUGGGUCAGAUGCUUCAGGCGGAGCAGCAGCAGCAGCGGUAACACCUGGAGUUACACCUGGGGUUACACCUCACGUUACACCUGGUGCCACCCCUGAUGUGUCUGUGUCAGCGUCGCUGGUGUCACUCUCUGCUGUGAAUGAGAGUGUUGACGGGCCUAUCUGGAAAGAGGUGGGGAUGUAUGGGGGAGGAGGGGUGAGGGGAGGGGCGGGAGUGGGUGAUGGUGAUGGCAGUGGCGGUAGUGCUGGUGGUGUUGAGGGGAGUGGGGCCAGUGGCAGCAGUGUUGGUGGCGGCCGCACUGGUGCUGAUAGUGCUGCUGCUGGUGGGAGGAACUCAUGGUUUGAAACGGCCAGCACUGCUGCUGCUGCUGCUGAUGCAGCUGCAGCAAGCCGUGCUUCUGCUGCUUCUGAUAAUGCCGCCAGUGAUAACAACUAUGAUUACGAUGAUGGUGCUGCUUCUGGGUCUGCUGCUGCUGCUGCUGUGGAGCAAGGGGAGGAGGAGACUGUGUUUAUGAGCGGCGCAAGAAAGGGCACGAAACAGCAGGAGGAGCAGGAGCAGCAGGGGCAGCAGGGGCAGCAGGGGCAGCAAGGGCAGCAGGCACAGGACAUGGCGUGGCUGCACAACUUGAUCAAAGAGGCACGCAAGGCAACAGUGUCAGCAUCAACAGUCCUCUCGGCCUCACACGCCCCACAUACCUCACAUGUUUCUGACGGGCACCACCAGCAUGUUGUCUCCAAGCGCUCUGUAACCACAUCCGCCAUCUCUGCAUCGGCUGCUGCCACGUGUGCUGUUUCAACCACGGCACACCCCAACGGCCUGGCACUGAGCUCUGAAAGAUUGUUGGCAGGAGCAACAAAGGGGGGAGCAGCAGGAGGAGAAGCAGCGGCGGUAACAGCAGCCGCAGGAGUGCUUUCAGGUGCACCUGCUGGGCAGGGCCCUGGCACAAACAGAACCAGGGAGCAGCGUCAGUCUGUGGUGGAGCUAGCCAGCUCAGAGCACCACAGACAACAGCAGCACCACCAGCUGCAGCAGCAGCAGCAGCAACAGCAGCGUGGGCUUCCAUCCUCGGUGUUUGCUUCUUCCUUGCUGCCAUCUACUGCUCCCUCCGCCUCCCCAUCCACCACCACCACCACCGCCACCAGCGCCACCAGCGCGGCCACCAGCGCCACCAGCGCGGCCACCAGCGCCACCAGCGCGGCCACCAGCGCCACCACCAACUCCUCCCCCUCCCUGCAGCAGCGCAUUCUGAACCUGCAGCUGAAGGUAUCAGCUCUCAAGAUGGACCCUUCCUCGCUAGCAGCAGCCUCCAUGUCCACUUACCGUGCCGCACCUGCUGCUGCUGCUGCUUCUUCUGGCGCGUCUCCCUACGUGGCAAGGCCAGCUACUGCGUCCGCAUCUGCUGCCUCUGCUGGCACAACAGCUGCCGGAGAUAAUUAUUCAGCGGGUGCGCUUGCACCUGCUGGUGCUGGUGUUGCUGCUUCUGGUGCUGCUGGUGCUGCUGGUACACCUUCUGGUGCUGCUGCUGGUGGAAGUGCUGCUCCCUCUACACCAUCAGCAAAGACAGGUGCGAUUUCAGGUCUGGGGGGAGGGUUGGCUGCUGUGCUGGGAGCGCGACAAAGGCUGCAGGCCGCUGCUGCUGCUGUGGCCGCAGCAGGUGCAGGUGCCUCCAGCGCUAGAGGCAGAGGCACAGGGGAAGGCACUGUGGCGGGUGCUGGGAGGGAGAGAGGGAGGUGGAGAGUGGGUGGAGGAGAGGGGGGUGCGCCCGUGACGGCGGCUUCUGCAUCGUCCUCAGCUGCUGGCUCUUCUUCCUCCUCUGUGAUUCCAGCGACGCCUUCGCACCCUUCCUCAUAUCAUUUGAUGACUUCGCUGCACCAGCAGCAGCAGCAGCAGCAGGAAGCUGAAAGCGGAGAGGCGAGCAGCAGCACCGUGCUACAUUCAGACAUGGCUGCCCAACCAGUCGCGCCUUCCCGGCGUGCAGCAACCAGCACACAAGCAGCAGCAGCAGGUGGUGGUGUUAGUGCUGGUGCUGGUGCUGUUGCUGCUGCUGUUGCUGCUGCUGCUGCUUCUCCCGGCCUGGCCUACAGGAGCAACAGUGGCAGGUGGGGCAGCAGCAGUGGAGCUGCUGCAUCUGCUGGUGCUGGAAGCUCCUCGUCUGGACCCAUGGGUCUGUGGCGCACUGGAAGCGGGGGCAUUAACAGCAAGAAGAGUGGGGGCACAGGAGGGCAGGAGGGCAGUGGGAAGCUGGUUGGAGCAGGCACAGGAGGAGGGGGCGGACGAGGAGGGGGAGGGGGAGGGGGAGGGGGGGAGAGGUCAGUGGUUGCAGGCAUGUUGCUGCAGAUGGCAGGAGCAUCUGCUGAGGCAAAGGAGAGGAGACGAGCAGCGGCAGUUGCAGCAAGAGGAGGGGGAGGAGGAGGAGGAGCGGCAGCCGCAGCAGAAGGGGAGGAGAGUGGAGGGUUUUUAGGUACUGGGGUAGGAGGGGCGGCUGGAGGAGUGGGAAUGGGAGCUGGUGCUGGUGCUGGUACUGCUGGGGUGACAGAAGCAGCAGGAGGGGAGCGGAAGGGGAGGGCUGAGAGGGGGGGCGCACGCUCCAGAAGUCCUAUGAGGCUGGCUGAAGCAUCAAGUGGCAAGGCCGCGUCCAUCAUCUCCUCCUUCCUCCGCACAGCAGCAGGCUCAAAGGCAUCAUCAACUGCAGCAGCAGCAGCUGGCGCUGCAACCACCACCACCACCACUACCUCCUCUGCUCGGCCAAGCUCUCCUGCUGGUGCUGCCACGGGCAGUGCUGCUGGUGGUGGUGGUGGUGUGCGCACACCUGCUGCACAUGUGGCAACAGCUGGUCCUGGCAGCAGCAGCGGCAGUGGCAGAGGGUGGGUGGGUGGAAGCAGGCAUGGCUCCCCAUCGAGCCGACGAUUCAGGUUGUCGUGAGGAGAGGGGGAAGAACGGGGGUUGGAUGGCAGGCUUGAUGGUGGAGGAGAAAAUGUGCAGGCUUAGGGUAGGGUGGGUUCCAUAGGGGUGACACAUGGGAUGACGACUAAGGGUUGACAUUACUUUCAGACCCUGGAUUGCACCACCGAGUCCACAUCAAAACCAUAUGUGCUUUUACGGCAACUCUAGUUUUUAAGGCUAUGUUUUGCCGAAUGUGGCCUAACCUCCUUGAUCGAUGUGAACGUAAAUUCUGCAUCCAUAUAACGUAUUGCCCCGCAUAUAAG